UUGUUUACAUCGCGCAAAACAACGUGCUACUGACAGUUUCGUGCUGCACUGCCGGCAUUUUCCAGUCGUAAAGUGAACAUUUUACCUCGCAACUAGAAAAUAAGCACGAAAAAGUUAGUUCAAUCAUUCCUCCGCUCAGCAUGGCAUCCGCCAACAUGCAGUUCGAUGCCGCCGUCGGCGGGACGGUGCAGCUGCCGACCCGCGUGGACCAGCUCCAGUUUGCCGAGAGCCGCACGGAGGAGGUGUUCCAGAUGCUGCUCACCAUGAACAGCGGCUCGAACCAGCGGAAGCUGAUGCACCAGUCCCUGCCGUGCCAUAUGCGCCGGCGGGCGAUGUCGUACAAUGUGCGACGGUUGCCGCGCCGGUUCCGCCAGGUGCAUACGGCCCAGUUCAACAAGAGCGGCGUGUCGGAGAAGAAAAAGCGCCCGUCGCGCCGGUACCGCCGCAAGCCGACCAAUCUGCUGAGGGAGUACGAGCGCCGGAAGCGCGCGUUCGUGUGGCUGGAGACGCACGUGUGGCACGCGAAGCGGUUCCACAUGACGUCGCGCUGGGGCUACAAGCUGCCGCUGGCACCGUGCAGCAAGGGCUACCGGUCGAGCUAUCGGGCGAGCUCGAAGCACUGCCUGGUGCACGAUCUAUCGUACGAGGGGUGCGUGGAGGUGAGCGGCGAGGAGACCCGCCUGAAGGAAGGUUUCCGGCGGCUGUGCAGCGAGCGCGUGGGUCUUACGCUGGCGGCCAAGGCAUUCACGGCCGGCGAUCGGGCUGGGUACGUGUGGCUGUACCGGGACGGGGCCUAUCCGUACGGUUGCUUGGGCCGCGUGCGGUUCGUGUGGCGUGCCAGUGGAAGCACCAACCUGCAGGACGACCGUCGCUCGGUUUGGAUCUUUGCACAUCCAACGUUUUACCGGCAGGUGGUGGAACAGUUGGUGAAGGUUUUCCAGCUCAAAAAUGCUCUCCGCGACACGAACGACACCAUCGAAGACAUUACGAGAAACCCGGCCGAUAUUCGCUGCCCGCGCUAUCGCUCCGAAACGACGGGAGUGGAGGUGGUCGAGCUGAAGGACACACUCAAUCGGUUUCAUCUUGCAGGGCCACUUUCUCAUGCAACGAUUGUGAAAACGUUUAAUCUGUAUAAACCACCCGCGACACAACCGCCCUCGACCGAAGCGCACCGGACGUGGUACCACGAUUUCCUCGACAGCAAACCAAAGUACAGCAAAAUGCUUGCCCAGCAGGCAAACUACUGGCAGGAGCUGAAGGGUCUGACCUCACCGGGGGAACUGAGUCCGGGCGAGGUGAUCGCGCUGCUCGUGCAGGAUCCACGGCUCAACCGGCCGCUGAAGCGCUCCAAAGCACUGCCCCAGGUGCCGGCUCGGUACGACUUCUCGCAGUCCCAUCUGCAGGACCCGGCCGUACAGCCGCGCGCGAUAAGAAGCUUCAGCCCGCUGUGGGACGAAUCGAUCCGCAACCGUGUCAGCGGCGAGAUGAAGUCGACCCACGAGCUGAGCGUGAUGCGCAGCGUCGAAACGCUCGUCGCCGGUGAGCUCUGCCGCUCGGAAACGGCCCUCCAGCCGCUGCCUGUGCUGCUGCUGCAAAAUCCCGGCUCGCAGGACGCCGCCUACAAGCGGCUCGGGUACGGUGCCGGCUGGGAGCUGAUCGUGCCGGCCGGGUACGGGCUGGCCGUGUGGCACUCGCUCGUAAUGUGGGGCGCCCGCCCCGUCGGCCAGCUGCAGCUGGACAUGCUGGAGCUCGAGACGGGCAUCGAUCGGUCCGGCGUGCCGGAUACGGUGCUCGGGCAGGAGGAGGCAAGCCGCCGGCAUGCGGAAGCGCUGAGCAAAUACUUCCACCGCCCAUCCAACAAGCGAGUCAACUACACGAAGCUAGCAAUUGCCUCCCCCUUCCUCUGCCCGUGGACGCAGCUCGUGCAGGAGUGGAACAAAGCGUCCGACGGUCCACUGCCGUUCUUCGUCCUGCGGGAUCAGGAAGCGCUGGCAAAGCUACGGCUCGCCCUCGAACGCAAAUUCAACGUCCAUUCGAUCGGCCUACCGCCGGCCGCGCUCAUCCCCGUGCUGCUGACGCUGAAAACACGCGGCAAUCCGGGCGACAAUGCGCUGAUCUGCUUACCGCUGCGCACCGACUUCCGCACGAACAGGCAGAACCGGCUCGCGACCGUGCACGGUCCGGUGUACGUGGAACCGGCCCACCCGGACCCGCACGGCAAGGAGCGAACGGUGCUGCGGGCACAACACUUGAAAACGCUCAAGCGGCUGCGCAACCGGAGAGUGCGGCAGAAACGGCGGCUACAGCGGGCCAACCCGGGCGUGCUGGUGCGCAUCCCGCAGGCGAACAAUCGGGCGCUGGUCGAGCAGCAGCUGAAGCGCAUGGCCGAUCUGUGGCUGCCCGCUACGCCGGCCACAGUGCGCCAGCAGUGCAGUCGGGAGUGUUUCGGGUACGUGACGCAGGCCGGCUUCAGCCUGUCGGAGGGUGGCGUCAACGGGAUCGGCUACGUGACGGCUAGGGGGCUGGAGAAGCUGUUCAAGAUCUGUACCAAGGGCACGGUGAAGGUGCUGGUAAGGGGGACACGCACCAGGGGGUACCGAUUCGCCACGAUUCGGCUCGCUGGUUGAACGGGGGGGGAGGGAAGGGAUUAGUGCUAAAACGAACGAACGUGCCUAAAGCGGAUGAUGUACCGGGGAACACCGAAAACGGUUAGAAUAAAACGAUCAUUUGAAUAUCGCAACGGA